CCGACGCGCCUUCCUCAUCCCACCCUCCCGACUUCUCCACGUCCGAGGCUGCACAGUCACCAUGGUGCUUCGGACGACCUUGCCGAGGCGCCUUACCCUCGUUCCUCAGAACGCCGCGAGACGGAUGCGAACACAACCUGCCCGAAGGUUAUGGACCACAAAUCCCGCGUGGCAAUCCUCUGCCGCCGCCGCCGCCCCUGCCGUCGUCACACAGAGCCGACGAGUGCCCACCUCAUGCUCCUCUAAUGCCCGACCACACACCCUCGCUGCCUUUUCCACAUCAUCACGCGCACUCAAAGAAGACAAGGACAAAGACCAAGGCUUCUUCGACCGCUCCGUCGAGUCCCUGUCCGAAGACGAGAAGAAGGCCAAUCUAGAGAACCAACGCGAGCUGGAAGACGAGCUGGCCGAGGCAUCCAAGGGACCAGCAUCAGGAUCCGCCGCCGAUGCCGCCGCUAAGAGCGAGGGUGCCGCCGAUGGCAAGGCCGGCAGCGCGGCAGGCGGCUCCUCCGGCUCUUCGGGUGAUGGAUCUGGGUCUGGCGCCAGUGACGGUGGCCGCCGCGGCCGCAAGUCCGCCGAGCGCAGCCUGCAGAAGCCUGUCGUGCCCGACGUCUACCCCCAGGUCCUCGCUAUCCCCAUCGCGAAGCGACCUCUUUUCCCCGGAUUCUACAAGGCCAUCACCAUCAAGGACCCCAACGUGGCUGCUGCCAUUACCGAGAUGAUCAAGCGCGGCCAGCCAUACGUUGGUGCCUUCCUCUUCAAGGACGAGAACGCCGACGAGGAUGUCAUUCGUAAUCCCGACGACGUCUACGACACCGGUGUCUUCGCCCAGAUCACAAGCGCCUUUCCGAUGCACGGCGAGCAGGGCAGUCUGACCGCCAUCCUAUACCCUCACCGCCGAAUUCGUCUCUCUAGCCUCCUGCCGCCCAACGUGAAGGAAGGCGAUGCAGCCACUAAGGUGAGCGAGGCCAAGGUUGACCCCGUGGCCGCCACCCCGGAACCGAUCCCCCAGAAGCCCGUUGAGGACGACGUUCAGACCGACAAGAAGGGCGACGUCGUUGCUUCCUUUGAGGAGAGCGCUGUCAGCCCGGCCAAGCCCGACGCAGUCGCCGAAAAGUACGAGCCUACCGCGUUCCUUAAGCGUUACGACGUUAGCCUCGUCAACGUCGAGAACCUGACCGAGGAACCCUACGAUCCCAAGUCUGCCGUCAUCCGUGCCGUAACGAACGAGAUUGUCAACGUCUUCAAAGAGGUUGCCACCAUGAACAGCCUCUUUCGUGAUCAGAUUUCCACCUUCUCCAUGAGCCAGUCGACGGGCAACGUCACGUCCGAGCCCGCCAAGCUCGCCGACUUUGCUGCGGCGGUCUCGUCCGGCGAGCAGGGUGAACUGCAAGAAGUCUUGUCGUCGCUCAACGUUGAGGAGCGCAUGCAAAAGGCCCUGAUCGUCCUCAAGAAGGAGCUCAUGAAUGCCCAGCUGCAGUCCAAGAUCACCAAGGAUGUCGAGAGCAAGAUCACAAAGCGCCAGCGCGAAUACUGGCUCAUGGAGCAGAUGAAGGGCAUUCGCCGCGAGCUCGGACUCGAGUCGGAUGGCAAGGAUAAGCUCGUGGAAAAGUUCAAGGAGAAGGCCGACAAGCUGGCUAUGCCCGACGCCGUCCGCAAGGUCUUUGACGACGAGAUCAACAAGCUCGCUCAUCUCGAGCCCGCCGCCUCCGAGUUCAACGUGACGCGGAACUACCUGGACUGGCUGACCCAGAUCCCUUGGGGCCAACGCAGUGCCGAGAACUUUGGCAUCAAAAAUGCCAUGUCAGUCCUCGAUGAGGAUCACUACGGCCUCAAAGAUGUCAAGGACCGUAUUCUCGAGUUCAUCGCCGUCGGCAAGUUGCGCGGCACUGUCGAGGGUAAGAUCCUCUGCUUCGUCGGCCCUCCCGGCGUUGGCAAAACGUCCAUUGGCAAGUCCAUCGCCCGCGCGCUGAACCGCCAGUACUACCGCUUCAGUGUCGGUGGCCUCACCGACGUUGCUGAGAUUAAGGGCCACCGUCGAACCUACGUCGGUGCGCUGCCCGGCCGCAUCAUCCAAGCCUUGAAGAAGUGCCAGACGGAGAACCCCCUGAUCCUCAUUGACGAGAUUGACAAGAUUGGGCGCGGCUACCAGGGAGACCCUUCUUCGGCCCUGCUAGAGCUUCUCGACCCGGAGCAGAACAGCUCUUUCCUCGACCACUACAUGGAUGUGCCCGUCGAUCUGUCCAAGGUUCUCUUCGUCUGCACUGCCAACAUGACCGACACGAUCCCCCGUCCCCUGCUCGACCGCAUGGAGCUCAUCCAGCUCUCCGGCUACGUCCUGCGCAUCGGCGGCUUGCGCGAGAAGACGGUCCCCGCGCGCCGCGCCGGCUCAAAGAUGAUCAUCUUCCCCAAGGACAACAUGUCCGACUGGCUCGAGCUGCCAGAGAACAUCAAGAACGGCAUCGAGGGCAAGCCUGUCGGAUGGUAUUCUGAUGUCUUUAACCUAAUCUUCCCCGACGUGGAUCUAGAAAAGGCCAACACUAGCAAGGUCGCCGACGAAGAGAAGCCGGCUGACAAGAGCGACUGA